AAGAUCCCGAGUCCAAGUGAGCGCGUUCCAGUAACAUACUUGGACCCCGGGUAUAAAAAGGGUUUCGACGUUGGCCAACUUGCCUCCCAGCCCACCGGUUCUCGUUUAUACCCAUACUUCUUUCAUGAACACGACUACCACCAUAGACUUGUAUCUCGAUUACAUCCGUCCUUCAAAAUGGCACCUAACCUUACAAGCUAUCCACUGACCGAGACCAACCUCGCCUGGCAUGACCAACUUCUCCAAUGCGAACACCCAACAGACUCCAUCGUCCCCUGGGUCGAAAAGGUCAUCAAGGAAGAGCAAAUCCACCAAUUCUACACCUCCUUGAACACGGCCACGCUCGCUACUCACCAAGCCAACGACAUCACCGAUCCAGGUCUCGACAUAGUCUCCGACCUCCACCUCCACCCAGCGCAGGGAUCACCCACCGGAGAGACCCACCCGGAGCGUCUAAUGGGCGAUUUGAAACUGUUCGACCAGCGCCCUGGGAUCUGCAUCGAGAGCCCGCUUGAGCGGUUCCUUACUCCGGACGGGUGCAGCGCCCCCAGCUAUUUUGUGAGACCUGCGCUGGAGAAUGUUAGCGAGAGGACGGGGUUUGGAUGCUUGGAGGGGAUGGAGGAGAGGAGGGAUAUGGCUAGGGGAUAUGCUGCUGCUGUUAGUAGGCGUCGUCGGGAUGAUAUUGGGGGGUGGAGUUCUGGAAGGAGUUAG